GCAUUCUAUUGUUGACCCCUCACUCCCCUAGUAAACCUGCUUCUGCACGCUGAUACUCGGACGCUUAGCCAAAGGAUUAUUUAACUCAGACGAACUUUUCAGCAUCUAUUCUAUAUUAAAACUAGCCCCACACGUCAUAUAGCUUUAUCCGUUUUGUCUUCCUGUGCAACACUGUAUCGAGACGAAAGUUACAUACCUCGUUGUGGGGGGCAGACAAUAAUACCCGACAAUUGCAGCAAGUGUUUCUAGAGAGUCUAAACUCAUAACUCGAUAAAUUGCUUUCUUCACAAAAAAUGGUAAACAUAUGCAGGGAUUAUAAAAGUGCCCUGCGGGCCCUCAAUUCUCUGCAAUCUAAUUCAAUGGCUUUGGCUAAUUCAAAAAAAAGGCUGCUAAAGGAAAACAGGCAACAAAAUGCCGCAAAUGAAGAGACGAUGCAGUUAUGUGAAAUAUUAGGGAUUGAUAUUGAGAAACUUUCGAAACGUGCUUUCCAUGUUGCUGGCACCAAGGGUAAAGGAUCAACAUGUUCUAUGGUAGAAUCUAUGCUCAGAAGUCAUGGAUACUCGACCGGUUUGUACACUUCCCCUCAUUUGGUCACUGUUCGCGAGCGUAUUCGACUAAAUGGUGCCUGUAUUUCAGAAGAAAUGUUCGCAUACUACUUCUGGCUGUGUUGGGAUUUGCUGGAAAAAUCUCGCAGCGAUUAUUUGUCCAACCACCUCAAUUGGUUUUUUUAUCUAACCCUUUUGGCACUCAAAAUUUUUUCUGACAAAAACCUAGACAGCGCCAUUAUCGAGGUCGGUAUCGGUGGUCGUAUCGAUUAUACCAACGUUUUAACUUCUCCUGCUGUCUGUGGGAUUACGCUACUUGAUUAUGACCACACCAAUGUUCUAGGAACCACUAUACAAGAAAUAGCACAAGAAAAAGCAGGUAUUUUGAAGCCCAACACUCCUGUCGUUACUGUAGAACAACAGCCUGAAGCAUUGAAAGUCAUCCUUCAAAAGGCCAAAGAAAUUAACUCUCCAAUUUUUUUGUCGCACCCUUCUGUUUCGCUUUAUACCCAGUCUGUUCCGUCACUUUCAGACUCAUCCCUAGGCAUAAAACCGGAAUUUAUGCAGCGCAAUGCCUGCCUCUCUAUAGCAUUGUUAGACGUCUGGUUUCAACGCUCGCCAACUAGUAAGGUUACACACACAAAAUGUUUCCCUCAGUACAGCCUACCUUUAGAUAAUUCUCUCAACGUACCAUUCUAUCCUACUUUCACGCUGUCUUCGGAGUGCAUUAAUGGAUUGCUUACUCAUCACUGGCCAGGGAGAGCACAUAUUGUUUCCAUGGCGAAUCACCCCAUCUGCUUUUACCUAGAUGGUGCACACACUAUACAGAGUAUGAAAUUAUGUAUAGAAUGGUACUCGAGUUGUACUCGACAUCUGACUCAGCUCAAACGCAUCCUCAUCUUCAAUGUCAGCAAGCCGCGUGACCCUCAAGCACUUCUAACGCCUGUUGUGCAGGCAAUUCAAACUGGGCUUCACUUCAGCCAAGUCUACUUCACCAAAAGUCAAUUGCAUCCUUCACGCCGAAAAGAUGGCAGCAAUGAUCUGUCUUAUGAACAGAAUACAGACGAGGCCUGGCAAGUAGAGCAAACCAAAAUAUGGCAAGAUUUGGUUUCUUUUAUCAAACAACGCACUGGCUCUAACCUAACACACCAAUCAGUCAGUUGGCCCUCCGUUCAAUCCAGCUCGACUGUCGACGAGGUCAUCGGACAGAUCAUCGACCACUCAAAGUCCCAACCGGGCGUCCGGUACGAAGUUCUGGUAACGGGGUCUCUCUAUCUCGUAGGGGCAGUUCUAGAACUGUUAAAUUACCCAAUAGAUCAGGUGUACGAGACGUCAGAUAAUAGUAGAACAGCCAAGACUCAGUAAAGUUAUUCAAGCUACGCACGCCGGUCUAAUCAAAAACUGAACUCCAAAAUUUUGUCUCUAGCUGCAGCAUAUCCUUUUCACGACUUCUGGAGUUCCCAAAUUCAUCAAAGAUCUUCAGAAUAACCGCGAAAGUAUGCCUCGACACGAAAGAAUCGAGCAUCAGGUGUCUCUGGCCGACUGUCACCUCGCAUAAAACCCAAAACUCACAGACACAACGGAGAGAAAGAGGUCAGGUGCACUCUAUUAUCACCACCUAAGCAAAAGAGAACAAUACACCAAGUGCCAAGCUCUCCUCGUGUGUUGAUAGGAAAAAAUCACAAAAAAGAACACCGAAAUCGUCUUCAACUGGUCGCAUAAAACUCAAUACGCUGUUUA